CCAUUGCUCAUCAUCAUCUUGUCCUUAUUCCUCUUCCCAAAGUCGUUACCGCGAGUAUUUUUGGUCCUUAAGGCACUUCUAGGAUGCCUUUGGUUCGUAUAGAAAGCUUUACUUCUGUGAUUGGACCCAAUGGCGCCGGGAAAUCCAAUCUCAUGGACGCGAUUUCAUUUGUUCUGGGGGUUAAGAGUGCACAACUUCGGAGUUCUCAGUUAAAGGAUCUUGUGUAUCGGGGAAGACGGCUGGCAAAAGAGAACCCGGAUGGCUCUAUGGCUAUGGAUAAUGAAGAUGAUGAAGAUGGUGAUGGUGAUGGAACGGCGAAGAAAGCAUGGGUUUCCGCUGUUUAUCUGGAUGUCGAAGGCAAGGAUUGGACGUUUCAGAGAACGUGAGUAGCCAUACUUCUUCUCUAUAAUUUUCAAAUCAAUUUCAAAUCAAUAACGC